CCAUCACAUAGAAGGGGGCCCUUGCAACAUACAGAGCAAAAAAUACCAAUCUCAGCUUCAUUAUAUUUAUUUAACACAUCAUUUGAACUAUUUAUUCUUUUUGCAGUCAUACUACAUACACAUGCAUAUAUUGUUAUAUCCAUGUUUCUAUUAUUGUGUGUAUUUUUUGUACACCUAAUAGCAGACAGAAAUAAUACUACUAAAUAACAUCAUCCUAGCAACGUUUUCUGUCUGGUUUUCCAAAACAGUUUUUUUUUUUUUUUUUUUUGUAUACUUGAUCAUUUGUGUGGUUAUUUUUUUUUUUUUUUUUCCUUCCGACAAGUGGAGUAUUGUUUUUUUGGGGGGGUUGUUUUUUUAACAUGAGACCCAAAGCCCUGCAUUCUGCAAUGCCAUCAUACCAAUGGGGAAGCAGCAGAGUCUGAUCUCUCCAGGACCACGGCUUUUGUCCUCCUAAGAUGCUGAGACUGGACCCCCUGUUUUUUCUGGUGGUUUCCAUGUCGUAUUUCAACCCCGAAAAGGCCUUGGCAGCCCCAGCUGAAAGCGAUGGCUCUUCUCAAAGGGCCCCUCUCGCUCCACCUUAUGCCGUGGUACUUAUCUCCUGCUCUGGACUGCUAGCCUUCAUCUUCCUGCUCCUCACUUGUCUCUGCUGCAAGAGAGGAGAUGUUGGAUUCAAGGAGUUUGAGAAUCCGGAUGGAGAAGAGUUUUCAGGGGAGUACACUCCACCUGCUGAGGAGACCUCCUCUUCUCAGUCCAUUCCUGAUGUCUACAUCCUACCUCUGUCAGAGGUAUCUUUACCUGCCUCCAACACACAGGCCCCCAAAACAGUAAAACAGACAGGAUUUAGCCGGCAGGACCUAAGCUAUCUUCAGGAGAUUGGAAAUGGUUGGUUUGGAAAGGUGAUCCUGGGAGAAAUAUUCUCAGACUACACUCCAGCCCAGGUAGUAGUUAAAGAACUGCGAGUAAAUGCCAGCCCUUUGGAACAACGGAAAUUUCUUUCUGAAGCACAGCCUUACAGAAGCCUGCAACACCCCAAUAUUCUGCAAUGCCUGGGCCUAUGCACUGAGACCAUCCCCUUCCUUCUUAUCAUGGAGUUUUGCCAACUGGGUGAUUUGAAAAGAUACCUUAGAGCCCAGCGGAAGGCAGAUGGCAUGACUCCUGAUCUCUUAACCUGUGACCUUACAACCUUGCAGAGAAUGGCUUAUGAGAUAACACUCGGACUCAUGCAUCUCCAUAAAAACAAUUACAUACACAGUGACCUUGCUCUAAGAAAUUGCCUUCUGACCUCUGACCUCACUGUCCGAAUUGGGGAUUAUGGAAUUUCUCACAACAAUUACAAGGAUGACUACUAUAUCACUCCAGACCGUCUUUGGAUCCCAUUGCGCUGGGUCGCACCAGAACUUUUAGAUGAAGUUCAUGGAAAUUUAGUUGUGGUAGACCAAAGCAAGGAAAGCAACGUCUGGUCCCUAGGAGUUACAAUAUGGGAACUCUAUGAAUUUGGAAGUCAGCCAUAUCGCCACCUAUCAGAUGAGGAGGUCCUAGCCUUCGUGAUUAAGGAACAGCAAAUGAAACUGGCAAAACCUCGACUCAAACUACCCCACUCGGAUUACUGGUAUGAGGUGAUGCAGUCGUGUUGGUUGUCUGUUGAACAAAGACCUACAGUAGAAGAGCUUCACCUACAGCUCACUUAUUUGUUAAAUGAGUGCACCAACCAGACAGAGGAAAGCUUUGAGUGGCGCUGGAAUUCCCUUAAGCCCAGCAAAUCGUUGUUGGGUCCUCUGAGACACUCUGAUGAGAUUUCUGCAUUCCCACUGCUAGAUAAUUUUAGUGGUGGAGAUGGAUUUCAUGCAGACAUGGACGACAUAUUGACUGUAACAGAGAGUAGUCGCGGUCUCAAUUUUGAGUACAUGUGGGAGAAAGCCAGGCUGGGACGUUGGAAGUCUACAUCACAAUGUCAAGAUUACCCACCAAAUAAUGGAACAUUGACUGUGCCUGCAAAUCCUUUCUAUGAUGCUAGUCAUCAACAUUCACGUCAGACUUUGGAGACCCCAAGCGUAGUUCCAGUUAUCAGUGCCCGUAGUCCUUCUGUAAGCAGUGAAUAUUAUAUUCGACUAGAGGAGCAUACAGAGAGGGGCAGUGGUGUGGACUGUACUGUUUGUGCUCCUAGUCCAAUCUAUGAAAGAAAAUAUGACAUGCAGGAGCAACGAUCACUCCAUCAACGUUUGUCCCUUGGAAGCCCGUCUUCCCCUCUUGAACCACUUUUUCCCUCUGACUGGGAUCCACUUGAGAGUGGUAGAACCAGUCCAGAUGAUCCUCCCGCUCAUCUAAUUUUACAUGAAGUUCCUAAACUUAUAGAUAGAUGGACCCCUAGUAACAAUAAUCCUUUUAUUACUGUAGGAAGAGAAUUGCCACGUUAUGUAAACCCUUUCCGUGGACCAGCGGAGAGAGACUUAUCAAGACAGGUACAGGAGACUUCUUUAAUGGAGCCCCCCUUACCUGAUGUGUUUUCUUCUGAUUCAAUAUUGAAUGUUUAUAGAGAUAUAGAAGAUCAUAGAAGUAGUUGGGAUUCAGAUACGCUUGAAGAGAGGGGAGCUGGAGAGACUCUUGCUGGAGAUCCUGAGUCUUUGGCAGAAUUUUUAGAUGACCGAGCUUCACCUUGGGAUUGUGAACCUUCACUAAUGGAAGAUCAGAGCACUGAAAGCAGUAGCAGCAGUACAGACAACAGCAAUCAUCGUAACAUGCCCUCCUGCCCUCUUUGUAGUAGAGGGGUGAUGGGUAGCCUGCAAAGAUGCUCUUGUGCUAUGUUACGUGGAGAUGUUGUAAUUGAUUGGACCACACAUGUUGCCAUGCAUCAGGACCAUUAUGGCCUGGAUGAUGAUUCCUCUUUAAAAGUUGAACAAGGCUCGUUAUCAGAGUGCUCCAUACCAGCAAGAACUUUUGGUGACGGAGAUCUCUAUGCUGGACCUUUUGGGGACAGUCUAUGUGCAGCAGAACACCAGGAAUUUUAUGACCCUUUAAUGGGAGCAGCUGUGAAAAGUUAUGACAUUCAAGACUAUUGUAACCGUACUCAAGUAAAAGCCUAUGAAUCCUUGCAAAAGAGUAUUUCCAACCAUCCGCCUUCCCCAUUCAUAGGAAUUUCUAAUUCAAUGGCCAAUUGCAGUGUAAUUGUCCCAAUUGAAAUCCCACCUCUUUCUACAUUAGCAGAAAGCAUAGAAGAGGAAACAAUAGAGAUAGCUCCAGAUGUUGUAAAUAGGUUUCCACUGAACCAUAAUAUUUUGCACACUGAAAAGACACCACAUACUUCUAGGGCAACGUCGGACUCUGUUGAUUCAUUAGACAUUCCUUCCAACACCAGUUCAUCAGAUAUAUGUAGCCCGGCUUCUCAUUUUUCAUCCCCUGGACAGAAGUUUGGAGACAGUGGAUAUGAAACAGAAAACACAUUUUCCCCAGAGUUCAUCUAUAAAGAAGUAAAAGAUGAAGCGGGUUUUAAAGAUUUGAAGUUACCUUUAACUCCAAUAUCAGAGUCAACCAGCGACUUGACGCUAACAGAAGACCUGUCUGAGCAACAGGCUACCCCAAUGGAAGAAGACAACUCACUUAGAACAUUAACUCUUGGAACACCUCAUCGGGAUUCUGCAUAUUUCUCUGACUAUGACAAUGAACCAGAGAAGCAUGGUAGAGCAUCUCGACAAAAACUUGAUAGUGACAAUGUCAAUGGAGUGUGCACUGAAGAAAUAUCAGUUAUAAUAUCAACAGAGGAUGAAUUUCAAAAUCAUCAAGAUGAAAACCCAAAAGAAAAGGUCAAUCAUGAGAAUGUAAAUGUUGAGGAGAUGCAUGAAGAGUUAUUUGUAAAGUCAGUGGAUAUAGAACAAAUCUAUCAUAAAACUGAGUCUCUUCAAGAUAAAGUCACAGAUUGUGGAGAUGGAACUUUGAGCUGCAAUGGUGGGAUAAAUUUAACACCAGAUGAAGACUUUUGUCAUCCAGUUUCUGAAAUAAAAACUACAGACCUGCAGGACAAAUAUGAUGCAUCUCAUUUGAUUACAGACCUGAAGGAUUCAAAUGAGAACAUACUAAAGAGACAACCUGAAAGUGGUUUUGUUGUGCAGGUUUGCAAAGAGCAGCUCCUUGUCUCCUUGAGAGAAAAUGUAACUAGGAAUGUACUGUCUACCUUUGAGUCGGGGACUGUAAAUUCAUGUGUCUUAAAAGACCAAGCUGUUUUGAAGUUGUGGUCUAUGGAACCUAAAAUAAAUCCAAUUAUUGAAAACACAAUAAAUAGUGAAGCUUUGUGCAAACAGUCCUCCGACAAUCCUGAAUUUGGUGGGAUUAAAUCUCCUGCAGGUGAUCUAACCAAGGACAUGAUUGUAGUUGGAGAUUGCAAGGUUACAGAACCAAAUGUGAACAAUGGAGGAAAUGAAAACAAUGGUCAGGAGACGCAUACAAGAGAAGAUGUGUUGGGGGAAGGAAAAGAUGACUGCAAACCUGACACAAGUGACAACACUAGUAUAUUGUCUUCGGAGCAGACCCCUGAAAACUGUGUAAAGAUGCAAGAAGAUAAUAUUGAUAUGCAAACAAAGGAACAAGCGCGAGAACAAUCCAAACUCUUUCUAGAUUUUGGGUCUACAGCAAAUUCUGGAAGUGAAGCUAUAAAAGCAAAAGUGGCCAGACUAUCCCUAUCCCUUCCACCACUAAACCUUCAAGCUUUCCACAGCUCCACUGGGCGCAAGUCUUUUUGGGACAGUAAUGAAGAAAAGAGAGAUUCACAUUACAACAGGGAAGACGAGGAUGAGGAAGAUGAGAGCUUUGGACUCCAAGAGACCCAGAGAACAGGCUCAGAAUCUGAUGGAGAAGUAGCCGGUGUUCCAAUUGUUGUAACAGAGACGGAUGAUGCACGUAAUCUCCGUAGUCUGCUGAAAUCACCAAAAUCAGCUGAUGAGGUGGAUGAUGAACUUGAUCGUAAGAGAAAGAUGGUGUCUUUUUUUGAUGAUGUCACAGUUUACCUGUUUGACCAGGAGACACCGACAAAUGAACUGAGUAACCAAAAUGCACUCGAGAACCCUUCCUUAGAGUCAAGCUUGGAUCCUUUUUCAUCCUCUGAUGGAUUCAGUGGAAGUUUUGAGUGGGAUGAUGACUUUCCAUUGAUGCCCCAGAACUCCACAUUCAUUCCAAUGGCAGCUGAGGGUGCAGCCCUUAAGUCUCCAAUAAGUUCCACCACACCAGCACCUCCCACUCUUCAAGGGAAACGGGUUGAAGGAAACCUGAUGGACUCGUUGAGAUUCACCCGCUUCACAGUUUCACCUGCCGUAGAGCCACAUGCCCCAUUGUGUGAGUCUGAUGUGGCGACACCUGCAGGCACUAUUGAAAACUGAAGAGGUUUACCUUGCCACUGAAGAGAUGCAGCUGUGUCGUGGAACUCACUGAAGCCACACAAUACUUUUCUAUUUACCUUACGUUUCCUGCUCUGCUUGUCCAACUUUAUGCUAGAGUACAGAUAUUAUUUUCUACAAAAGCAGAUUCGUUCUGGGUCACCAAGAUUCAGGCAUACAAAAGCACCACAGAGGAAAGCCUGUGUUGCCAGUGAAACUCUAACUAGUCCUACACACGGUCUUUAUCAUUAAGCCAGCACAGGAACUUUUCAUCAGAUAUUUUGGAUAAUCAGCUCUUAACGUGUUCAUAAUACAAAAUUAUUUCUUCAUAUUGAAAAAACAAAAAACAAAUGUGCCAAACUGACUGACUCCAUUUUAUUUGAUGUCCAGUUCCAGCAAUGGUCUUAUACCAGUGUCUUGUGCACCCAGGUAAAUCGGACUGCAGUGUUUACAGGCUCAGAUGACUGAUAAAUAUAUAAUUUCUAUUUGAUGCUUAUUUUUUCUUUCUUUUUUUUUAACCUUUUUUUUUUAACUCUGUUCUCAAAAAAUAGUGCCACAAGAAAUGAGUUUAAUAAUGGGAAGUCCAUGGUAUUAUACAGCAAAGACGGCAUUGUUAUCCCAUAUUGACUCUACCCAUUUUGUUCGGACAGUAGCUUAUUCUAUUACAAAUCAUACCUGGUCAUGGUGCUCAUGGGUUAAGUUUCCUUUGUCUUCAUCCAAUAUGUUGUUAUGUAUGUCUGUAGAUCACCUACAAUUGUUCUGCUGUGCCAAGGUGCUGUCCUUAGGGGUUCUGGGGCUAUAAAAACAUUUAAAAAUGGGAAAUGAAACAAUAAAAAUUGUUGAUAUCUGCCUUAUUCUCACAGGUCAAAAAAAAAUCCCAGCCCACUAUACCUUAUCCCAUUGGACCACUCCGUUAAUGCUAAAGGGUUAAUGUGAUACAGUAUGUUUAUGAUGAUACAGUAGCUCUUUUUUAAAUGAAGCAUACCUUGAAAUCUGCCUUUUGCAUAAAGAGUGGAGAAUUGAGAUAUUCGACACCUACUGGGGGUCGGGCUGAGAAACAUUUGCUAGAAAUAUUUCAUAGGUGGUUUUUCUGAAGAAUUUUAAUGACUGACAGCACUGGUGAAUGACGCAUUUUCCAAGAACAGAUGCAGUGGGGGGAGACGUUUUAUAAACUGUGUAUGUAGAAGAUGUAUUUAUAGACACUUUUUUAUAGUGUAGGUGAGAUGAAAAAGAAAAUGGCAGUUAUUACUUCUUUACAGUCUGCACAGAGCUUAUAGCAUACACACUGAGAUGCUUCCAACUGUGAACAUAUUAAACAGAUGUGUGUUAUUUCAGAUGGCUAAUUAAACAAGAAGCAGACGGUGAGUUCUCAGCUAUAACAUAUCAAUGUAUCUGAAUAUUACCUGUCGAGAUGGAGUUUUAAAUUUGGACACUUUGGUGGAUAUUUAUGAAAAUAACUGCAUAGGAAGACCAAUCAGAUGGUGACUUUCAUUUUUCCAAAUUGUGGUAGCAAAGUGCCAGUUACAAUCUGAUUAGUUGCUAUAAGCCACACCCCUUUUUUCCUCUGCAACAGAUUUCAUAAAUACCUUCCUCUGUCUAUAUUCAAAGUUUUGUAUUUAGUUUUUCUGCAGAAUAAAUGCAGAAUGUAAACCUGCUGCUGGUGAUAACCUGGUUUACUCUUAGUGCCAAAUUCACCCAAAGGGGAGCCUUAUUGGUUAAAGCAAUGACAUAACUGAUUUUUUUUUCUCGUUUAUAUAGAACUAUUAUACAUACAAAUGAUACAUUGAACUAACUCUUUGCAAUUGAUCUUUUUAUUUUACUUUAUUUUUUUUGCACUGGCAUUAGCGAAACUAUACCCACAAGAUGAAUAGAAUGCCUGAUUUUUCAAUUGAAAUUUUACUGUGAAACAAUUUGUACUUCAAAUACAAUGGGUGUAGCAUGGAAAUGGAUCCAUGAAAGGACUAUGUGCUAAUGGAUACGGCAAUAGAAUCACUGAUUUCAGUGGUUAGUGAGGAUUAUUCUUAUCAGCAUAAUGGCAAGCUGAUGUGAUUUAACUACAAAAGACAUUAACUGAAGACAAACUGUGGAUCAAGUGUUGAAAAAAGCCUCGUUUACAUAUACCACGUGACUUGCGCUGGCGAAUGGAUAGUGACAAUAUCUUCCUUAAUAAAAGCAGCAAUGUAACUAUUAUUGAGACAUAUGGAACAUUCUUGCUUCAUUUUGCGGAGAUUCACCGGUGUUGGGAUAUUUUGUAAUUUCACUCCCUGUACGCUGGAUUUUACUCUUUGAAGGACGCUAGUGACAUUACUGGGAUUUUGGCUUCUUAUAAAAUUCCGCUAAAUGCUCUUCUAAGAUAGACUCCAUCUCUUGUCCAUUUCCCGUCACUUGCCAGCCAGCGCCAAAGUUUUAUCCGGGUCCUGUGUGUGGCCUGGCAUAUUCCCAGCAUUUCAUCAUCCUGACUACCACAAAAUUUCUGAGGCUUUUAAAAAUGCACCAUCAGAGUCUAGGCUUCAUGAAUGUGUGUUUGUUUGUUAGUUUCUAUUUUUCUUCAUGAACGUCCAUGUUUUUUUUAUUAAUAACUGUGAGCCGAAGAAAGGUAAUUGUUGUUCAGCCGUAUGUUUCCUCUCCUCAUUAAAGAAGCAGUACUAGAAUGAGCAUAAUAAAAAAUAUAAUUGCCCCUUAAAUAAUAAAAGCAUCAAACUAUUAUUUUCUAUAAGCUGCAGACCUUGAACUUCAUUAAUUUCGAAGUAUAUUGUGCAGAGUAUAAAAAGAAUCACUCACCCUCUGAUUAUCUGUCUAGUAGAUUAACUUGCUAUGAAUGUCUCUGUUCUGGAGUCUAAACUACUACUUUAACGAGCUAGGCCAUAGCAGUAUUCAUGAUCCCCACCUGAAGACAUGGUGCACCAGUUAUCCCAAAACUAAUGAAAUGAGCAAAACAAGUGUAUCCCUAUAUAUAUAUAUAUAUAUAUAUUAUAUUAUAUUAUAUUACCAGUUAUUUAUAUAGCGCACACAUAUUCCGCAGCGCUUUACAGAGAAUAUUUGUCCAUUCACAUCAGUCCCUGCCCCAGUGAGCUUACAAUCUAUAUUCCCUAUCACAUGUACACACACACACACAUUCAUGCUAGGGUUAAUUUUGUUGGGAGCCAAUUAACCUACCAGUAUAUUUUUGGAUUGUGGGUGGAAACCGGAGUACCCGGAGGAAACCCACGCAAGUACGGGGAGGAUAUACAAACUCUACACAGUUAGGGCCAUGGUGGGAAUCGAACCCAUGACCUCAGUGCUGUGAGGCAGUAAUGCUAACCAUUACACCAUCCGUACAUAUAAAUGACUGUUUGCUCAAACUUUACUGUCUACUGUAGUAAUGUUCAAUAUUAGAUUUUAAAAUGUCAAGCGCCUUGAGCCUAUGGAAGAAACAGCGCUAUUUAAAUAAAAUAAUAAUUAUUAUUAUUAUUAUCUUAUUUUGGAACCUUUUUGUACAGACCCAAUGCACAGACCAAAUUAUCGCUCUGUCAGUGGAUGGCCACAUCACUGCUAUUAUGGGUUAUUUUCAAAAAAUGCAAACAUACUGUACUUGUAUAUUCCACUCAUGACACACAAAUCACAAUUUAGGCCACAUCUCUGGUCUGCCGAAUUCACACCUUAAACUGCCCAAACCAUGCCCAAUUUAGGACAAAACACACCCAUAUUAGAUGUGGGAAUUCAAACGUGUCCCAUAAAAACCAAAACUGUUGGCAGGUAUGGGUUUGCUUAGAUAUGUUCAGGUUAGACUUAUUCAAUAAGGUAAUCGAACGGUCACUAUGAAUUAUUGCACUAUGUUUACUCCCAUGUUACAUAAAUAAGCUUCAGUUACUGCUAUACUGUAGUUAAUGCUACCUGGUUUCAUGUUCAAAUAACAUUUCAGCAAACCCUGUUGAAAAUGAGUGGAAUGUACAUGGUACAUUUAUAUAUUUAUUACUUAUUACCUGUUAUUUAUAUAUAACACCAGCGUAUUCUAUUGUGCUUUAUAAUUAGGAACAAAACAGUAAUCGAAAUGAGACUGGGUAAUAACAGAUGGACAAAGAGGUACAAUACGAGGGGUGUGAUAGGGGAUACUGGCAUUUGACUCUGGCAUCCCGAUACUCCGCAUCCAGACAGCGGUCAGGUAAGUAUGCUUACCCUCCCCCCUUAACCCUCCACCCGCAGCCUAAACCUAACCCCCUCACCCCCCGCGGGCUAAAUCUAGAAUUCCCCGGCAUACUUACGUUCGGGAUAUUGGCGUUUGUGAUUAUGUCAUCACCAUUUCGUCCCUCAUCGGAGUUCUGCCGUCGACAUGUUGGCCGCAUGUCAAGAUUCCAGUGUCGGGAUUUUGAGCGCCGGUAUCCCGGCGACUGGCAUCCUGACCGCAUCCCAGUACGAGGGCCCUUCUAGUAACCUUACAAUUUAUAUGAUGGUAAAGAAAUAACAAGAUUGUUACUGCAUGGAGCUAAACAAAGUAGAAAUGUCUAAGGUUAAAGUUUUAUCUAUAUAAUCGACACAGUAAUGGGAGACACCUGAAGACUAUAAGAAAAAGACAGUGACACUGAAUGUCAGUCACCAGCAUGUAAAUGAACCCAAGUGAAUACAUCAAGCCAACUUCCAACUACGUGCCAAACCAAAAAUGGGUAUUGGUCAUCAGCAUAACAUAGAUUCCUUUCACAUACCUGUUUAUAUGCUGUUCUGGCAGUGCAUAACUAGACGCACAUAAGCAAUUUAGCCGCAAACACUGAUAUAGCAAAUCAUUUCAUAUCAUUUAUUAUGAAUGUGAUUUGAUGAUAAAUUGAUACAAGUCAUAUGUGCCAAUUGCCAAUAAUUUAUUAAUUUACAGGUUUGAAAUAUUUGUCACUGAAAAUAUGUUCCCGGAAAUGUUUCUACUGUAUUUAUCAGUGCAAUCUUUUAUUCUGUGUGUAAGAUGCAGUGCUACUGUACCUGCCAUCUGAUUUUGAUUGCUGGGCUUUAUUAGUUGUUACCUGUUUAAAACAAGUAUUUUGAAGUACCACAACAAAAGGUUAUAACUACAGUAUGUUCAGUUAACAUAUAAUGAUGGGAUUUAUAAUGCACUAAGGUCUAGAGUGUAUCACCAGUAACAUUCUCACAUGCCUUUAGAGGCUCAUCAGCAAACAGGGCUGAAGAAUAAUUACAGGUCUUGGCAAUCAUAAUAAAAUAUUUCUUUAAAGUGUAAUUAAUCGUCAUUAAGGCUAGAUGCAUCACCGCUUGGAAAGUGAUAAAAUGGAGAGUGAAAAAGUACCAGCCUAUCAGCUCCUAACUACCAUUUUUGCAAACACAGCCUGUGACAUGGCAGUUAGGAGCUGAUUGGCUGGUGCUUUUUCUCUUUCCAUUUUAUCACUCUCCAAGCGAUGAUGCAUCUAGCCCGAAUAUUUUAAUUUGUAGUUAUACAGUUGAGAACCUUUUACCUGUUCCAAACACUUGCUAUUUAGCAUAUACAUUUUGAUAAAACAUUAUACACAUGCAUAUCAAACCUGAUAAUGUUUAAAAAAAAAUGAGGUAGUUUAGUGCACGUGUGAACCUGGUAGUUAAUUAAAGACACCCCUUUCACCCAAUCAGUAAAAAAAUACUAAUAAAUCAUGUAUUUUGUCGUCAGCAGCUAGUCAUUAAUUAUCAUAUCCAGGGUAAGGUUGCACUAAAAUCACAUGCAUUGGUGUCUUAAGAGCACCAUAAUUUAUUUCAAAUUUGAAGCACCUCAGGGGUAAUAUAUACCAUAACAGGACAGUUUUUGCUCCUCUUUCCGCUAUACUGUAUGUUGUUUAUUUAGACAUUUAAGUAAAAGCUUUAGAAAUUGAGUUAUAUGAUUGAAACACAAUGCCACGAGUGUACAUUCUAUGUAUAUAUACUUUAUACAGUUUGCAGAUAUGCGUUAAAAUAACUGUUUAAUAACUCGAUUAAUUUACGUAACAAAAGGACAAAAUCUAGUACUGCUUCUUUAAAAUAUAGUGAUAAAGUCAAACUGAUUUGUUACUGUGUAAAACAUUUACAAAGUUGUUACCUGAAAGUUUUGAUGAAAUUUAAUUGGUCUUUACUACAGUAAAUUUGGAGAAAUGCAUAAAGCUUCUCAGCUUAGUUGAAACGCGUGAAGUUACAGUGCUUGAUACCGCAAACAAGAAAUGCGUUUUCGGAUGUUGUUUCGUACUCUAAAGAAGCCAAAACUAGAAUUGUUUUAUUCCUUAUGCCUUUCUUUUUUUCUUAUACAAUUAUGUAAAAGAUAUAUCUCCACAAACAUUUACAAUUGGAAAAUCUGGACAAAAUGAUGACAUGUCCUGGGCCACCAAAUCACACCCUGAUUUGACAGUAUCACAUCCAUUUUUGUGAAGUCAAACCCCCUCUGAAUGCCAGAAAUAUGUAUUUUUGUCACAUAUGUAAAAUAUAUGAGGAUCAUUUAAGAAAACUGCUGCUCAAGAUAAAGGCGCUGUAACCUUUAGUAAGACUAUGGGGGUGAUUCGAUUGGUUUAGGCAUCUAAAAAUUCUUUCUAAACAGGACUUUAGAUGGCCGAAGAAUUGUCACAAUUCAAUUGUGUUUGUGCACCCAUACAUAUUGCACAUGUCGUGCCCAAACAGACCGGAUUCAGCCGCCUAAAACAGCUAAACCCAUCUAAACUCCCUGCUUUGGAUGUCCAAACUUCUGUUUCACCACAUUUUUUCUCGCACCUUAGGUUGCGAGAAAAAAUAUGAGCUCCGCGACCGCUGUGUGCCAGAACGGCAAAAUAAUUGAAUUGCUGCCAUUGGGCGCCCUCUAGUGGCGGCCGCGCAAAAAACAAUAGAAUCGGCCCCUGUGCUUGCUUUCAUUUUCAAAGUUGUAUGGAAAGAAAUGACAAUAUUGGUGUCAUUUUUCUUGUGCACGAAUUUUCUUAAAUAUCCCCUACUUCGUCUAUGUACUGUAUUAGUUACCUAUGUCCUAUUAUAUAUUAUAGGUUGAGUACAAAUCACCUUUAAUUCAUCACAUGUGAAUCUAAGGUGACUUGUGGUAGACUUACUGUACCAUCUUCAAUGAAAGUAUAUUAUAACUAAUCUGUGGUAAAAUGUCACUACUGGUGGGUGGUGACAUCACCGUUCACCAAUCAAAUCGAUUUUUCUGGCUAUUAAUUUAUCAAGGUUUCCUAUGUAUAUUAAUACAGUUUUAAGCAGAGGAUAAAUAUACAGAAUGACUUUUUUCACUGUUAUUUUCUCAAUGAAUGGUGAUGCAAUCCUGUACGGAGACAUAGGAUCGUGAUAGGAGAGUUCUUGGAAAUAAAGAAUUACUGCUCCUUCCAUUAUGUAUAAAAUGGGUUGAAAAUAGUUUAAAUAUAUAUAUGUAAGAAACCAUAAAGACUGCAGUAUUAUCUCUCAGAAACUCACAUUAUUUUUACAUGGUUAAAAUGUGAUGUAUUUUGACAAUUUUUGUCUGUAAAUAGAUACAUUUGCUGUUCUUAAGUGCAAAUUGAAAACAAAUUUUUUUCAUUUAAAAUGGUGUUUGUUCGCCAAAAUAAUGUUUGCCAAAAAGGAGAAAAAUAACAUUAAAAUAAGA